GCGAGACAAGAAGAUUAUUAGUACACGCGCAGAGGGGGGAGAGAGAGAGAAAGAGGGAGCGCGAGAGAGCUGGAUAUUAGUUUGGCUUCUAGUCUUUUAGGAGGAGCAGCUCGCUGCCCGUGUGAACUGUCUUCAAACUGUAGAAGACGCACAGACAGACACUCCCCCGUUUAAAGCCCGUUGCGGGGUCCGUAGGUGAGUUUGGAAGCGAGUCCUUUUUUUCCAAUUCAGGAAGAAGAAGACGGGGGAGAAGAGAAAGUCAUGGACAGAGGAGUAGAAUUAAAAAGAAGCUAGCGCCCGCAGUAAAAAUAACCUUUGGAGGAGAAAAAGACAGAGAGCAGAAGAAGUGUCCGGAGAGGGAAGAGGAACAGGAUGGGGAUGGAUUUCAGCACUCUGCGUACUCUUAUCAGCCGAUAUUGUGUCGGGGAGGAGAACUGGGUCGAUAGCCGGACAAUUUACAUUGGACAUAAGGAGCCUCCUCCAGGAACUGAAGCUUUUAUACAGCAAAGAUUUCCUGACAACAGAAUAGUCUCUUCAAAGUACACGUUUUGGAACUUCAUCCCAAAGAAUAUGUUUGAGCAGUUCAGGAGAGUCGCCAACUUCUACUUUCUCAUCAUAUUUCUGGUUCAGUUGAUUAUUGACACUCCCACCAGUCCGGUCACCAGCGGACUGCCACUGUUCUUUGUCAUCACAGUCACAGCCAUUAAACAGGGUUAUGAGGACUGGUUGAGACACAAAGCAGACAACGCUGUCAACCAGUGUUCUGUCCACGUGGUGCAUCAUGGCAAAGUGGUCCGCAAACAAAGCCGCAAACUCAGGGUUGGAGAUGUGGUCUUGGUGAAAGAAGAUGAGACUUUUCCCUGUGAUCUCAUUCUCCUCUCCUCGUCUCGAGAUGACGGGACCUGCUUUGUUACUACAGCCAGCCUGGAUGGAGAGAGCAGUCACAAGACAUAUUAUGCAGUUCAGGAAACCAAAGCUUACAACACAGAGAAAGAGGUGGACACGAUCCAUGCCACAAUAGAAUGUGAACAACCACAGCCAGACCUGUACAAAUUCGUGGGGCGUAUCAACAUCUACAUGACCAAUGAGCCAGUGGCAAGGCCGUUAGGAUCAGAGAACCUGUUGCUCCGAGGAGCCACACUCAAGAACACUGAAUAUAUCUAUGCUGUGGUCAUCUACACUGGCAUGGAAACCAAGAUGGCUCUCAAUUACCAGUCCAAGUCUCAGAAACGAUCUGCAGUGGAAAAGUCAAUGAAUGCCUACUUGGUGGUCUACCUGUGCAUUCUCAUCAGCAAAGCUCUCAUCAACACGGCACUGAAAUACGUGUGGCAGUCCGACCCCAACAAAGACGAGCCCUUUUACAACCAGAAGACGGAAGUUGAGAGACAGAGACACGUUCUAAUCAGGGCAUUCACAGACUUUUUGGCCUUCAUGGUUCUUUUCAACUACAUCAUUCCCGUGUCCAUGUAUGUCACUGUGGAGAUGCAGAAGUUCCUGGGCUCCUACUUCAUCAUGUGGGACGAUGAAAUGUUUGAUGAGGAGCUGGGGGAGAGAGCUGUGGUCAACACAUCAGACUUGAAUGAGGAACUGGGGCAGGUGGAGUAUGUGUUUACAGACAAGACAGGAACGCUAACAGAGAACAACAUGGAGUUUAUAGAGUGCUGUGUGGAUGGACACGUUUAUGUACCUCACGCUAUCUGUAAUGGACAGGUGAUGCCUGGAGCUGCCGGUAUGGACAUGAUCGACUCAUCCCCAGGUCCUGCAGCCAGGGAGCACGAGGAGCUGUUUUUCCGGGCGUUGUGUUUGUGCCACACGGUGCAGGUGAAAGAGGAGGAUACUGUAGAUGGGAUCAAACAUGGCAUUCACCAGGGCAAGUCCACUUCCUUCUACAUCUCCUCUUCUCCUGACGAGGUUGCACUGGUGGAGGGCAUGAAGAGGCUCGGUUUCACCUAUCUGAGGCUCAAGGACGGUCAGAUGGAAAUCUUAAAUAGGGAGGAUGAAGUUGAAAAGUUUGAACUGCUAGAAGUUUUGACAUUUGACUCAGUCCGACGGAGGAUGAGCAUUAUCGUCAAGGCCAGCACUGGUGAGGUUUAUCUCUUCUGUAAAGGUGCAGACUCCUCUAUCUUCCCAAGGGUCAUCUCAGGCAAAGUGGAUCAGGUCCGAGCACGAGUGGAGCAAAAUGCAGUGGAGGGUUUGAGGACACUUUGUGUUGCCUAUCGCUCUCUGAGCCCAGAACAGUACGAAGAGGUUUUCCAGCUGCUGAACAGAGCUAAGUUAGCAUUACAAGACCGAGACAAACAGCUGGCAGAGGCUUACGACCUCAUCGAGAAGGACCUGAUACUGCUGGGAGCAACUGCUGUCGAGGACAGGCUACAGGAAAAAGCAGCAGACACCAUUGAGUCUCUGCACAAAGCUGGUAUAAAGGUGUGGGUGCUGACAGGAGACAAGAUGGAGACUGCAGCUGCAACGUGCUAUGCCAGCAAGCUGUUUCAUCGCAACACCCAAAUCCUGGAGCUGACCACCAAACGCACUGAGGAGCAGAGCCUUCACGACGUCCUGUUUGAAUUGAGCAGGACGGUCCUUAGGCAGCAUGGGGGCAUGACCCGGGACACCUUCUCUGAGCUAUCAGGUGAUUGCACCGACUAUGGUCUGAUCAUUGACGGAGCUACCCUCUCUGCUGUAAUGAGGCCCGGCCAGGAGGGCUCAAACUCAGGGAAUUACAAAGAGAAAUUCUUGGAAAUCUGCCGGAACUGCAGUGCCGUGCUCUGCUGUCGAAUGGCGCCACUUCAGAAAGCACAGAUUGUCAAGUUAAUCAAAGCCUCGGAGGAGCACCCAAUCACGCUGGCCAUUGGAGACGGAGCUAAUGAUGUCAGCAUGAUCCUGGAGGCCCACGUUGGUAUUGGCAUUAUGGGUAAGGAGGGUCGCCAGGCAGUGAGGAACAGCGACUACGCCAUCCCGAAGUUCAAACACCUCAAGAAGAUGCUGCUCGUCCACGGACACUAUUACUACAUACGCAUCUCUGAACUUGUACAAUAUUUCUUCUACAAGAAUGUCUGUUUCAUUUUCCCCCAGUUCCUCUACCAGUUCUUUUGUGGCUUCUCACAACAGCCGCUGUAUGACACGGCUUACCUGACUCUCUACAACAUCAGCUUCACCUCGCUGCCCAUUCUGCUCUACAGUCUCAUCGAGCAGCACAUAAAUAUGGACAUCCUGAAGAAAGACCCUUGUCUCUACAGAGAUAUUGCUAAGAACUCUUUGCUGCGGUGGCCCACCUUCAUAUACUGGACAGUCUUGGGCGUUUAUGAUGCCAUUGUGAUGUUCUUUGGUGCUUACUUCCUGUUUGACAACACCACCUUCACCAGCAAUGGACAGCUAAUGACAACCAACACACAGAUGAUGUUUGGAAACUGGACAUUUGGGACACUCGUCUUCACUGUGCUAGUCUUCACUGUUACAUUCAAGCUGGCCCUAGAUACUCAUUACUGGACUUGGAUCAAUCAUUUCGUUAUCUGGGGCUCACUGAUCUUCUUUGUGGUAUUCUCCCUGCUGUGGGGUGGAAUCAUCUGGCCAUUCCUCAACUACCAGAGAAUGUACUAUGUGUUCAUGCAGAUGUUGUCCAGUGGCCCAGCCUGGCUCAGUAUAAUCCUUUUGAUAACAGCCAGUCUGUUGCCAGAUAUGGUGAAGAAGGUCAUAUGGAGGACACUGUGGCCCACCACUACUGAGCGCAUACAGAAUGCAGAUAAACUCUACAAGGGCCAGCUGUCUGAGUUCACCCCCUUGGCUUCCCUCCACGCUCCAUCUAAGGGUAGCAGCCACCGGCGAGGCUCGGAAAACCAAAGGAACCCUCGAAGGACUAACUGGUGUUGCCUGUGUGCAAACAUGUUAUCCAGAAACACUGCUUAGGACUCUGGGAUCAGAAACUGCAUCAUUCGAUGUUGAAGCUGUUCCUACCUCUGUGACAGUUGUCUCCAUCUGCCUCAUCAUCAUCAUUUCAUCCAUCCCCUUCUGCGUCUUCUCUGUCGUUCCUCCGUUCAUACAUCGACUCAUCCAUCGUGAGACAGUAGAUCUGAUGUUUUUAGUUCUAUGAACCAAAGCCUUGUUGCUGCUAGAGAUUCUUUAGCUGCUUUACAUUAGGUGCCUUGUGCUAGUUUUCACAGCCUGUCUUUGCUUUGUGGUUAAUUUGAUACUGUUAAUAGGCGCUUCAAUGGUACAAGGGCACAGCAGAUGAUGGAUGUAACUGGAGGAAUGAAAUAACUACUGUAGGUGAAAAGGCGAAUGUGAAAUCAAGUUUUUAUGCAGACUUCUACUGAACAAGCAGAACUGACACACAGUCAAUGAACAAAUACCACUUAUGUUUAGUAUCUGUUUUUUUAUAGCUUGUAUUAAUUUUUUUUAAAAAUAAAUGCCCAUGAGGGCAUUUGUCUCUGAAAUGUUAUUUUUUAAUUGUUUUUGAUUAUGUACAAUGUGGAAAAUUCUCCCUUUUAUGACCACAGACUUGAAGAGCUCCAGCUCUGCUUUUUCCAAUCAGCUACAGGUGAUCAAUGGUAGUUUUUCUUUUCUUUUGUUUUUUUCCAUCUCCAAGUUUCGGAGAUUUAAAGUUGAUGGUAAAGCAAAAGGGUUUCUUGUACUGUUGGAAUUGUCUAAAAUGAAGGGUUGGUUUGGCCAAAUUCCAAAAAAAAAAAAAAGUAUUUUCUGUUGCUGCUUUACGCACCAAAAAAAGAAGAACAUUCCAGAUGGAUCUGCUUAGUAGAGCAGAUUUCGAUAUUUAUCGAAUGAUAUUAGCUUUUUUCCGAUGUAUUGGCAUCCGUAUUUGUAACAGCCAAUAAGACAACCUUCAGUUAUGCUAUGAGGACAGUGCAUAGUUUGUCCAUCAGAGGGCACUGUGCAACAUCCCUUUUGGCAACAAACAAACAUAAUAAACAGGUAAUCUGAGCCUAAAUAAGCAAACUGAUAACUACACGUGACAAAUAUUAGGGGAAUGUGUUUUUGUACCUGAAACGGAGAAAAAAAUCAGCACAUAUAUCAGAAAAUUGGAUUUUUAAAUCACCAUAUAUCGGUAUCAGUUAAAAAAAUCAUAUAUCUGUCGGACUCUACGACUUAGAACAAUUGAAGUAAGUUAGAAAAUACUGGAUUUUUGUUGUUGUUGUUUUUAUUAUCUGAAUGAAGAAAACAAAGAUCCUGUCUCUCCAUUUAUUGUUUGCCCUGAAUUCUGAUUGGCCUUUGGACUAGAAAGAUGUUUUUCAUUGUAAACAAUGUACCAAGGCUUCAGUACCUUAACUGCUAAAGAAUCACACAAAUAACACAACAAUUGUUAAUGAAAUGGGAGGGGGGAAAAACAAAAGUCUACAAUAUAAUGCCAUGUGAGAGCUGACAGACACUAUGACCACAGGACUAAACUAGCUGGGAGAAGCAAUAAGUAUAAUCAAACUGAAGCUGCUUGUAAAUGUCUCUCUGCAACAAAUGUGACCUCUUAGCACUAGCUAAGCGACAGAGAGUCACUUAUAUUCAAAUGUCAACCAUGACAGUGAAAAAUCCAUUAUCCUGUCUGAGAUCUCAGAUCAGUACUUACACAGCGGUGACUAAGCAUGGUCCUUAUUCUUUAACUCAUGAAAGUUCUUGGAUGGAUUAAUUCUUUCUGUAGUGGGUUAGGGGACUACUUCAAAAUGAAAAGACCCUUUCAUAUUUAUGGUUGCGGUUGGUCAUUGAAACCUGACAUACUCCUGAAACUUGGAGGCAUCUGGAAGUCUCAAUAACUUACAAAAAUGAAAAGUUACUGCACUGCUAUUUUGGGGGAGGGGUAUCUGAGAAACCCCUCUUUUUUUGUUUUACUUUUCAGAGACAGUAUUUAAUGUGUGUCUUGUUUAUAUCUCAGAAUAUUCCAACAAACAAACUGGAUUGUGGCAAAAAAAGUGGACACGUGUAUGUCUGUAUGCAUAGCUUUAAACGAAAGGACAAAGAGAUUUGUGGUGUUAGUUGUUUCACGGAGGUACCCCUGCACUGAACCAUCAUUCCUGAGGACCGACACCUCGCUGUAGAAACUUUAAAAGCCAUCAACAGACCUUCUGUACCAGUCCACACUGAAUCUUUGAACUGACGGCCUUUCAACUCAAAUGUUAUCUUUUUUUUGAAAAUGUGUUAUUGUAUAGCGAGCUGCACUUCACAUAACCGGCAGUAUCUACGAACUGAGAUACAGUACUGUAUAUACAUGUAUGAACAAUAUUUAAAUGUAGUUAUGUUACUGAAUGUACAGUUUUUUGGGCUCUUUUUGUAUACAGUUUUUAAACGGUCAUAUCUUGUGGAUUUUCGCCAACAUUUCUGUGGCUGUAAAUGGCGAACAUCUGUACAUUUGCUUGGAAAUAAAAGCAAAAAUGUGUUACAAAA